GAGAGAGAGAGAGAGAGAGUGCCCGGUAGGGAGAGGGAGAGCGUGCUUGGCAGGGAGAGAGAGAGACAGACAUAGAAGAGUGCUAGCAGCAGUUCAGCGCUUCUGAAUGUGAACAGAACCUAGAUGAAAGAAGAGGAAGAUUCCUACUGACAAUAAUCUUCUGGAUGAUUCUCUCAACUGAGCUGAGCGCUGGAUGUUCUGACUGCUGUAUGGAUGAAUCACCUGUUUCUUCUUAUUAAGGCUAUUUCUCAGGAAUCACUGGAGAUGCCCUUUUAAGUGCAUUGAGCUGGAGACAGAGCGCUGAGAACAGAAGGCACAGAGAGAGAGAGAGAGAGAGAGAGAGAGGGACAUCCAACUGAGUAGACCCCCCCCCUCCCCUCUUCAAUUUACCCACCCACCUACCCUGAGUCUUUACAUCAGAACAUUCUUCUCUCACCCUUUCCUGUCUUUCUCGCUCUCUCUCUCUCCCUCUCUCUCUGUGCCUUUCUGCACAACGGCAUUACAGUCUAUUUACUGAGGGUGAAAAGGAGGGAUUCUACCACCCAACAAUCCUCAACCAUGGGAGAUAAAGGCACAAGGGUAUUCAAAAAAGCAAGUCCCAAUGGAAAGCUCACAGUGUACCUGGGGAAGAGGGACUUUGUGGACCACGUUGACCUGGUGGAACCCGUAGACGGCGUGGUGUUGAUAGAUCCGGAGUACCUGAAAGAGAGAAAAGUGUUUGUGACGUUGACAUGCGCCUUCCGUUAUGGACGUGAGGACUUGGAUGUUCUGGGCUUGACGUUUCGAAAGGACCUCUUCGUGGCCAACAUUCAGGCCUUCCCUCCAGUGCCCGAAGACAAAAAGAGGUUAACUCGCCUUCAAGAACGCCUGAUCAAAAAGCUUGGGGAACACGCUCACCCUUUCACCUUCGAGAUUCCACUGAAUUUACCGUGCUCAGUUACCCUGCAGCCUGGACCAGAGGACACAGGGAAGGCCUGUGGGGUUGACUUUGAAGUCAAAGCGUUCUGCUCAGAGAACGUCCAAGACAAAAUACAUAAAAGGAACUCAGUGCGCCUGGUGAUCCGUAAGGUCCAGUACGCCCCAGAGAAGCCCGGCCCCCAGCCCAUGGCUGAGACCACCAGACAGUUCCUGAUGUCUGACAAGCCACUGCACCUUGAGGCCUCACUGGAUAAAGAGAUCUACUACCACGGGGAGCCUAUCAGUGUCAACGUUCACGUCACAAACAACACCAACAAGACGGUGAAGAAAAUGAAGAUUUCAGUGCGUCAGUAUGCAGACAUCUGUCUAUUCAACACAGCACAAUACAGAUGCCCGGUCGCAACAGAGGAGACAGAUGACGUGGUGGCUCCGAGUUCAACGUUUUGUAAAGUCUACACCCUCACCCCUUUCCUCAACAACAACCGAGAGAAACGUGGUCUGGCAUUGGACGGGAAACUGAAACACGAGGACACAAACCUGGCUUCUAGUACAUUGUUAAGAGAGGGAGCCAACAAGGAGAUCCUGGGUAUCAUCGUAUCCUACAAAGUCAAAGUGAAGCUUGUUGUGUCUCGAGGCGGACUCUUAGGAGAUCUUGCAACGAGUGAUGUCCAUGUUGAGCUCCCCUUUACGUUAAUGCAUCCCAAACCAAGCGAAGAUGCAAUCUACAGAGACGCUGCAGACGAGGCGCCAAUAGACACAAACUUGAUAGAAUUUGACACAAACGACGAUGACAUCAUCUUUGAGGAUUUUGCGCGGCAGCGGUUGAUCGGAGCGAAAGACGAUGAGGACGAGGAGGGUGCAGACUCUCCCAAGCUGAACCACAGAUAGAGGAGGGAGAUGGACGCUGCUGUGUUGUUCCUGUGUUGUGGUACAGAGGAGCUACUGUGACUGGAGGAGAGAGGGAGACCCUUUAGAGUCCAGGGAGACCUUUUAAACACACUCACAGUGGUGCCGUUGUCCUGUUCUUGUUCACAUUCGUCUUCUCCAUACAGCAAGGAUGUUAGAGAGAAAGUUUAGAGGAAAUGAGGCCUAGGUGUGGUUUGGUUUGAGGGGGGUGGACCUUGAGUUCUAGUCGUGAUGUGGUUUGAGGGGGGUGGACCUUGAGGUCUAGUCGUGGUGUGGUUUGAGGGGGGUGGACCUUGAGUUCUAGUCGUGAUGUGGUUUGAGGGGGGUGGACCUUGAGGUCUAGUCGUGGUGUGGUUUGAGGGGAGUGGACCUUGAGUUCUAGUCGUGGUGUGGUUUGAGGGGAGUGGACCUUGAGUUCUAGUCGUGGUGUGGUUUGAGGGGGGUGGACCUUGAGGUCUAGUCGUGGUGUGGUUUGAGGGGAGUGGACCUUGAGUUCUAGUCGUGGUGUGGUUUGAGGGGGGUGGACCUUGAGGCCUAGUCGUGGUGUGGUUUGAGGGGAGUGGACCUUGAGUUCUAGUCGUGGUGUGGUUUGAGGGGGGUGGACCUUGAGGCCUAGUCGUGGUGGGGUUUGAGGGGGGUGGACCUUGAGGCCUAGUCGUGGUGUGGUUUGAGGGGGGUGGACCUUGAGGUCUAGUCGUGGUGUGGUUUGAGGGGAGUGGACCUUGAGGCCUAGUCGUGGUGGGGUUUGAGGGGGGUGGACCUUGAGGCCUAGUCGUGGUGUGGUUUGAGGGGGGUGGACCUUGAGGUCUAGUCGUGGUGUGGUUUGAGGGGAGUGGACCUUGAGGCCUAGUCGUGGUGUGGUUUGAGGGGAGUGGACCUUGAGGCCUAGUCGUGGUGGGGUUUGAGGGGAGUGGACCUUGAGUUCUUUAAUGACUCUGUUAUACAGUGGCUUGCGGAAGUAUUCACCCCCCUUGGCAUUUUUCCUAUUUUGUUGCCUUACAACCUGGAAUUAAAAUAGAUUUUUGGGUGGGUUUGUAUCAUUUGAUUGACACAACACGCCUACCACCUUGAAGAUGCAAAAUAUGUUUUAUUGUGAAACAAAGAAAACUUGAGCGUGCAUAACUAUUCAACCCAAGAGCAGAACAGCCCACUGUAUCACCCCAAGAGCAGGACAGUCCACUGUAUCACCACAAGAGCAGGACAGUCCACUGUAUCACCCCAAGAACAGGACAGUCCACUGUAUCACCCCAAGAGGACAGUCCACUGUACCACCCCAAGAGCAGGACAGCCCACUGUAUCACCCCAAGAGAAGGACAGUCCACUGUAUCACCCCAAGAGAAGGACAGUCCACUGUAUCACCCCAAGAACAGGACAGUCCACUGUAUCACCCCAAGAGGACAGUCCACUGUACCACCCCAAGAGCAGGACAGCCCACUGUUUCACCCCAAGAGGACAGUCCACUGUAUCACCCCAAGAGCAGAACAGCCCACUGUAUCACCCCAAGAGGACAGUCCACUGUACCACCCCAAUAGCAGAACAGCCCACUGUAUCACCCCAAGAGGACAGUCCACUGUACCACCCCAAGAGCAGGACAGCCCACUGUAUCACCCCAAGAGGACAGCCCACUGUAUCACCCCAAGAGGACAGUCCACUGUACCACCCCAAGAGCAGGACAGCCCACUGUACCACCCCAAGAGCAGGACAGCCCACUGUACCACCCCAAGAGCAGGACAGUCCACUGUAUCACCACAAGAGCAGGACAGUCCACUGUAUCACCCCAAGAACAGGACAGUCCACUGUAUCACCCCAAGAGAAGGACAGUCCACUGUAUCACCCCAAGA